CUUCACUUCACUCUCGCUUGACACCCCAGUGCAUCCCCCACAUUGUAUACCUCCUUUAUGGGGUUGAUGCCAAUCAUUUCCCAAACACCUAGCCUUCAUACUCUCAGUCACCGUGUAUAAUACUCCCUCUGUCAAGAUGAGCCGGCUACGACCCCUCCGUGGUGCCUGCAACUGCGGACGAAACCAUUAUUCCAUCGAAUUGCCUGAAGAUGCUACAGAGCAAGCACAAGUCUAUUUUGACGAUAGCAGCGACAGCAGACGAAGUCAAGCCACGCCCAUAACCGCAUGGCUCCGAAUCCCUCUUCCGUGGUUCUCAUCCUCCACUCAAGCUCUUUUCCCCGACGAAACACAUCACUCGAUUCGAAAAAUCUUCACUCCACUGCAUGCUCCGCACUGCAAGAGGGUCUUUUGUGGUUAUUGCGGGACGCAUAUUUCUUUGUGGUCUGAACAACCUCCUUCAGAAGCCGAUUUCUUGAAAGUCACGCUCGGAAGUCUGUUAAGUGAAGAUCUCCAGGCUUUGCAAGACUUGGAUCUUUUACCUGAAGAUCUGGACGCUGAGACUCUUCACCCACGGUCACAGAUCAGCGACUCUGGCUCGGUGCUCCCCGCUGUAAAUGAGCAACUUCAAACUCAGACAUGGAAAAGCGGGAGCACGACCGGUAUGUCGUGGUUCGUGGAGAUGAUUGAAAGUAAUAGACCCGGUCGGGCUGGCGUCAGGCAAAAUACGCGGCGUGGCCAUGGCGUCAGUGCAGAUGGAACGACAAGCGUGGAGUGGGAGAUUUCGGAAUAUACAAACGACGAUGCCGACGAUGCCACUCUCUCGGCCUCGGCUGGGUCAAAGCGGAAACUUGACGAGUCCGCAGUCAGUGAAGGGCAGGACGUGAAUAUGAAAGAAUAAGUUGUCGAUGGUCACCUGUAAAAUAAUUUAGAAUCAAGAAGCAAAAGAAGACCAGAUGCAUAGUCUGCGUUUGGCAUGCAGUGCUCUGGAGUUCAGGAUGAGGUGACAAAGGUUCACCUUUUGGCAAACCAGAUUUGGAUUAACUAAAUAGAACUAAUCCAAAGAAAAAGUACAAUUACCUCAGA